CCGAUCCCCCAAUCCCAUUCCAAAACCCUAGAAAUCCUUCUUCCCCCUUCCUUUCGCCGCCUCCGCCCACGCCAGAGCUCGCUCUCCCCCGCCGAUCUAUCCCUCUACCUCUCUCUCCGCCCCACUAACUCCAGCCGGCGAUGAGCACGGCCGCGGCGGAGAAGCGCGUGCGCCGCAUGAAGAGGGCCGCGGAGCAGGAGGUGGGGCAUACGGUCCCUGCCAAGGCGUCCAUAUCCAAGAGAACGCGCGCCUGCUCCUCCUCCUCCUCCGUCGCCGCCGCCUGCGGCGGAUCUUCGUCGGAGGAGCCUUUGCUACUAGAGAACAUGGAGGCAGUCGAGAUGGAGGUGGAAGAGUUCGGACGGAGCCGAUCGGCUAAAAAGACGCCGCCGAUCCUGGCUUUGGGAGACGUCGAGACGGUUGGUGCUGAUGAAGGGGAGGAGGAUGCAGGAGGGAAACAGAGCCUGUCGCCCCAGAAAAGGGCGGCGCCGGCCAAGAAAUCCAAGAAAAAAGGGGAUGGCAAUGAGGUGGAGCACUGCUUUGUCGGCGACCCGGUUCCUGACGAUGAAGCUAAGAAGCGAUGGCCUGAAAGAUACCACAAGAAGAAUGCUGGGAAGCGGGCACCAGCUUCUGGGAGCAGUAAAAAGGUUGACGAAGAGGAGGUAGUGAAAGCUAGGCGCCACUACUGGCAAGCAAUGGUAGACAAUGUCAUUUACAAUCUAAAUGAUGACGCCUACAUAAAAGCUGGUGAUGGGGAGCCAGAUUACAUUGGCCGAAUUGUUGAAUUUUUUGAAACAAUUGAUAGGCAAUUAUAUUUUACAGCUCAAUGGUUCUUUAGGGCUGAAGAUACUGUUAUCAAGGAGCUUGCUCAUGGCCCUAAAACAGUUCAUGACCCUAGAAGAGUUUUUCUGUCAGAGGAGAAAAAUGACAAUAUAUUGGACUGCAUUGUCUCUAAGAUUAGAAUUGUUCAUGUGGAACCAAAUAUUGAUCUGAAGGCAAAGGAGGAUAGCAUCCCACCUUGUGAUCUUUAUUAUGAUAUGUCCUAUUCUUUACCUUAUUCAACCUUUGGAAAUUUACCCCCAGAAAACUUGAGGGCUGGCAGCGAGACAUCAUCAACUAUAUCUUCGGAGGAUGCAUCAAAUAAUUGCAAAGGCAAAUGUCAAUCAGAUUCAGAGGCAUCAUCCUCCGGGGAAAAGCGUGUACUGUCACUUCUGGACCUAUAUUCUGGUUGUGGUGCCAUGUCAACAGGGUUAUGUCUUGGCACAAAUCUCUCUGGUUUAAAACUUGAAACACGCUGGGCUGUUGAUGUAAACCCAUAUGCAUGUGAAAGUCUGAAAUUAAAUCAUCCUCACACAGAGGUAAGAAAUGAGAAGGCAGAAGACUUUUUGGCUCUUCUAAGAGAGUGGGAGAAGUUGUGCACACAGUACAAUCUCGUUGGAAUGGAGAAUUUUUUUGCCCAAGAGUCUGAAUCAAGCAGCUCAGAUGAUGAAGAUGUGUCUGGCAUUUCUUCUGAAGUUCCUAAAGGAGAAUUUGAAGUUGGAAAACUAGUUGGGAUAUGUUAUGGUGAUCCCAGCAACAUAGGCAAAGUUGGACUGAAGUUUAAGGUUCGAUGGAAGGGCUACGGUCCAAGUGAAGACACAUGGGAACCUAUAGAUGGUUUAAGCAAGUGUCAAGAACAUAUCAAAGUCUUUGUGAUAAAUGGAUACAAGAAAAAUAUCUUACCAUUGCCCGGCAAGGUUGAUGUGAUAUGUGGAGGGCCUCCGUGCCAAGGAAUAAGUGGAUUUAAUCGGUUUAGAAAUUACGAAGCUCCACUAGAAGACCCAAAAAAUCAACAAAUGGUUGUUUUCAUGGAUAUUGUUGAUUUUCUUAUGCCAAAAUAUGUUCUCAUGGAGAAUGUUGUGGAUAUCCUCAAGUUUGCUCAUGGAUUUUUGGGAAGAUAUGCUUUGAGUAGGCUAGUUGCAAUGAAUUACCAAGCCAGAUUGGGAAUGAUGGUUGCAGGCUGCUAUGGACUUCCACAAUUUCGGAUGCGGGUGUUUCUGUGGGGUGCUCGUCCCACUGAGAUUCUUCCUCAGUUUCCAUUACCUACGCAUGAUGUUGUUGUGCGUGGUGUUACUCCUAGUGAGUUUGAGCAAAAUAUAGUUGCAUAUGAUGAAAAUCAACAUCGGCAGCUUGAACGUGCCUUGUUACUUGAGGAUGCCAUAUCUGAUCUUCCUCCGGUUGGCAAUGAUGAAACAAGGGAUGAAAUGCCAUAUGGACGACCUCCAAGGACGGUAUUUCAACACUUUAUUCGGCUUACAAGAGAAGAACUGGUCAAUUCUGCUUCUGGUGCUGGUAGGCCUUCACAGAAGGCCACUCUUUUCGAUCAUAGGGCCCUUCAGUUGAAUGAAGAUGAUUACUUACGAGUUUGCCGGAUUCCCAAAAGGAAGGGUGCAAACUUUAGGGAUUUGCCUGGGGUUAAGGUUGGGCCUGACAAAGCUGUUGAAUGGGAUCCGGAAAUUGAGAGAGUAUUAUUACCCUCGGGGAAACCUUUGGUCCCUGACUAUGCUAUGACUUUUAUAAAAGGGAAAUCUUUGAAACCUUUUGGACGUCUAUGGUGGGAUGAAACUGUCCCUACAGUUGUAACAAGAGCCGAGCCUCACAAUCAGGCAGUGCUACAUCCCGAGCAGGAUAGAGUACUUUCAAUUCGGGAGAAUGCAAGGCUCCAGGGCUUUCCUGAUUUUUACAGACUUCGUGGCCCUGUUAAAGAGCGCUAUAUACAAGUUGGAAAUGCUGUUGCUGUACCCGUUGCUCGAGCACUUGGAUACUCUUUGGGAUUGGCUUUUCAAGGCAAAUGCAGCCAGCAGCCUGUCUUUACGCUUCCGCAAAAGUUUCCUCGCUUGGAUCAGUCCUCUUCAGAGAGAAGAGUGGAAGCUGAUGAAGUUGUAGAAUAAACUUGGAUGGUGUAUAUGUGAUUAUUUCCAAAUACAUUUCAGUCCAUGGUAAUAAUUGUUUGCCAUGCAUUGUUUUAAUUAUUUUGAUACAUUCAUAUGGCACUGCAAGCAGUCUGACAGUAGAGUGCCUUGUUGUAUCUGGUUAAUCUUGUUCUAUUGCAACUUGCUGAUCUUGUACUACUGUUGCAUCUUGUUGAUCUUUUGCUACUGUUGCAUCUUGUUGAUCUUUUACUACUGUUGCAUCUUGUUGAUCA